CAUGGAGUUCCUAUUGCCUAUUUUUAAUCUGGAAUUGUAUACGACCGUGGCUCUUGUACUCGGAUUUCCCGACUCAAACACCCACUCUGAACACCCACCAUCCUCACUCCCGUUACGUCUCAAUCUGAGAUCUAUACAAGACUCGGGAUCCUUGUGACAACCUAUGUAGAUCCAGCAACAAGAAAAGAGGUCAUUCCGCCUGCUAGAUAUACUUGAAAAACAUCCAGACAACACAACCCAUCGAUUCGUACAAGAGGGCCAUCCUCCUCAAACGAUAGCUUAGCCCGCGAGCACAACAUAAACACUAUGGCAGCCCCGAAACUCCUCCAAAACAAGGCCAUGGCAAUAACUGGCGGCGUGACUGGCAUUGGUCGUGCCAUAGCGCUCGGCUAUAUCUCUCACGGCGCACACGUCGUGGUCAACCAUCUCGGGGACGCGAAAUCGCAUGAACAGUUCCAAAGCAUGCUUGAUGAAGCUGAACAAAUUUUGGGGGGGAAAGAGGAGGCGGAGAAAAGGUUGGUGGAGGUUCCGGGCGAUGUGGGAGAGCCGGAUACGGGGAAGAGGCUGGUGAAGGAGGUGGUGGAGAGGUGGGGACGGUUGGAUGUGUUUGUGAGUAAUGCAGGGGUUUGUGAGUUUAGGGAGUUCUUGGACAUAACACCUACUCUCUGGACCUCAACCCUAACCACCAACCUCACAGGGGCCUUCCACACCAUCCAAUCCGCCGCCCACCAAAUGACCCUCCAGUCACCCCCCGGCGGCUCCAUCAUCGGCAUAUCCUCCAUCUCCGCCCUCGUUGGCGGCGCGCGUCAAGCGCACUACACGCCCACCAAAGCAGGCGUCCUCUCACUCAUUCAAUCCUGCGCUUGCGCGCUCGGAAAAUAUAGCAUCCGGUGUAAUGCGCUAUUGCCUGGGACUAUCAAAACACAGCUAAAUGACAAGGAUCUGGAAGACGAGGAGAAGAGGAAGUAUAUGGAGGACAGGAUUCCUUUGGGGAGGACGGGCGUCACGCAGGAUUUGGUGGGACCUGCCGUGUUUUUGGGAUGUGAGGCGUUGAGCGGGUAUGUGACUGGUGCGCAGUUGUUGGUUGAUGGUGGUCUGUUUGUUAAUCUGCAGUAACAGUACCAUCCAUAAUCCUCUCGGGAAUUGAUCAGGUAUAGCACGACAUAUCUCGCUGAUUCUGAGGCCCUAAAAGUUGGCCGUGAUGGCAGCGUGCAUUCGCAUCCUAUGG